GUGCCGUCAUUUAUUUUGCAAAAUACAGAAACCCGUUUGGGUAAAGAAAACGACGUCGUUUUGGUUGCCGCCGUGACCUAGUUCUGCCAUGGAUCCACAGAGCCAAACCACUUCAUUGCAACGACUCGAAAACGUGGAAAAGAGAAUUGUGAGGGUAUUAGAGCUCGCCGGCGGCGUAAUGGAAGAAAUGGCGAACCCUAACGGCCCCAGAAAGGACCUCGUUAACAGCCACUGUAGUGAAUUCAUGCAAUCUGUAAAGGAUAUUCAGAUGACGCUGAGAGAGGAGAUUAAGAGCGCGUGCGAGUACCGUCCGUUCGAGAAGUGCGACUACGUUCCGCGGAUAUCGAACGAGAUUUGCUGCAAGAAAUUAGAAUACGUCAUUGUGCAGUUAGAUGAGAUGAAGCAAACAAUCGAAGGAUAUGGAGAUCUAGCUUGAGGCUGAUACGUUGUACAACUGUAAGUAAAGCUUUGCCCCCGAUGCCUCUAAAUAUGUUGAGGCAAUGAAGAAUUGUGGUUUAUUACGAUGUUUUUUACUGAAUUUUGAGUGUGUUUAUAGUUUAUGUCGUUAGGCAAUGUUACUACUCGUAUUUUAUGAUUUAUAACAGUCCGUUUUAUUUAUUCUUCGAGGUCAAGAAUUUCAUUUACGUUUCGAGAUGUCUUUUCCAGUUUUCUUUGCCUUAAAAUGUAUCACGAUGAGUUGCCAUGGUAGGGUGCUCUAUAGAAUUCUCUGAAAAAUUAAUUGAAUUGGUAAAUGGU